AUGCCGCGCCGUGUUCGUACCGCACCAAAGCGAUAUGUCCCCGACGGGGAUACAGGCAAACCAAAACCGCAGCUGCGAGUUACAAACUCGGAAACGACAAAAUCCCAAUCGGAGUCACUGGAACUUGACGAUGGCCACCAAAUCAGGGGCCGGUCGGUCGCGUCAUCCCCUAUACCUCACGUGCUACGGGAAAUUCAUCAGCUGCAGUCCACAACAAAGCUUCAGAUACCAAAGCUGUCAUUUUCCCGACUCAUCCGUGAAGUGCUGCUGCAGUACACGGGCUAUGGCAAGGACUAUCGCAUAACGGCCGAGUGCCUGGAAUGCCUACAGGAAGCGGCCGAGAUCUACAUAGUGCAGCUUUUUGAGGAUAGCAACCGAUGCUGCGCGCAUCGCGAUCGAGUGAUACUGCACCCUAAGGAUAUGAAGCUAGCUCUUUUUCUGCGGGAGAAAUGGCGAUAA